CAGCAGUGGUGGAGGGAGAGGGGCAAUAGGGUAAAAAGGUAAGAUCGUCGUGAAGGUGACGCAUAGAGGCUGAGCUCGUAAUCCCAGUCCCGACUUCUCCUCCUCCCCCGUCGCUUCUACUGCUACUACUGCUUCCUGCAGUCACAGCAAUUAAUUCAUUUAUUUGUAGUAUUAAUUUUUAGGCCUAUUUCUAUAAUCCCUAGACCUUGAUCCACCGAUAGAAAUUGAUGGUCCAUUUGUACUCGAAUUUGUUGGAGUUGGUGUUGAAUUUAAAUCAAUGGAUUUAGACGGUCAAGGAGGCAACAGUCGCGUGUUUCAGCGACUCGGUGGUAGUCAAUCAUUAACCGACCCUCGGCAGCAAAAGGUGUGUCACCAUUGGAAGGCGGGUCGGUGCACCCGCAUCCCUUGCCCGUAUCUCCACAGAGAAUUGCCCCCUCCGCCCCUUCAUAACGGUCAUACAAAACGUGGGUUUUCCAACGAUUCGGGGUUUUCUGGUCCCUCUGGAAGCCGCAGAAGCGGGAACUUCAACAGCGCCUCAUCAUGGGGAAGAGGGGGGAAUAACAGUAAAGUAUUGAGGAAAACAGAUAAAGUUUGUAACUUUUGGGUUGACGGUAAAUGCAGCUAUGGUGAGAAAUGCAGGUACUUGCAUUCUUGGAGUUUGGGUGAUUCUUUUUCUUUAUUGACUCAGCUCGACGGCCACCAGAAGGUUGUAACUGGAAUUGCUUUGCCAGCUGCCUCUGAUAAGCUUUACACUGGCAGUAAGGACGAGACUGUCAGAGUCUGGGAUUGCCAAUCUGGCCAGUGUAUGGGUGUCAUUCAGCUUGGUGGUGAGGUUGGUUGCAUGAUCAGUGAAGGCCCUUGGAUUUUUGUUGGUAUCCCCAAUCUUGUUAAGGCAUGGAAUACGCAAACUAACACUGAUCUUACUCUUACUGGGCCUGUUGGACAAGUUUAUGCCAUGGUCGUGGGAAAUGAUUUGCUAUUUGCCGGUACACAGGAUGGUGCAAUAUUGGCUUGGAAGUAUAAUGCAGCGACGUUAAAUUUUGAUCCAGUUGCAUCGCUUCCAGGACAUACUGUUGCAGUUGUUUCAUUAGUUGUUGGAGCCAAUAGACUAUAUUCGGGUUCCAUGGACCACUCUAUAAGGGUCUGGAAUCUUGAAACCUUACAGUGUGUGCAAACACUAACGCAGCAUACUUCAGUUGUUAUGUCGGUUCUUUGUUGGGACCAGUAUCUUUUGUCAUGUUCAUUAGACCAAACGAUAAAGGUGUGGGCGGCUACAGAAAGCGGGAACUUGGAAGUGACAUACACUCACAAAGAAGAGCAUGGACUGCUUACCCUCUGUGGGAUGCAUGAUUUAGAAGGCAAGCCAAUCUUGUUAUGCUCUUGUAAUGAUAAUUCUGUGCGCGUCUUAGAUUUACCUUCCUUUUCAGAGAAGGGGAAAAUUUUCGCUAAACAAGAGAUUCGUGCCAUUCAGACUGGUCCGGGGGGCUUAUUUUUCACUGGUGACGGAACGGGUCAAGUGAGAGUAUGGAAGUGUGCAGCUGAAGCAACAGCGACAGCCACUGCCUGAUGAUAUAGGCGUGUAUUUUGUGUUGUUUGGCGGUUUCAAUUUAUUAUUUCUUGUCUGAGGGGGAGUAGCAAGCAGAAUGCGGGUUUUGUGGUUUUAGAGUUAGCAUGUGCCAUAGUUAUUUGUUAAAGAAAGUAGUGUUCCAUGGCUUGGAUCAAUAAAGUGCACUGAUUUCUUGGUUGUAUUACUAGGCACUAAAUUAUUGUCAGUCUUAAAACUUGAUUUUAAGAAAAGAGAACCGAUGGCUUUUCAAUCUUA